AUGUCAAAGAAAGGAAAGGCUUUUAGGACUAAAGGUAGUUUAUUGGUAGCAGUAAUUGGAGACGAGGCAACUGUAACUGGUUUCCUUUUGACUGGAAUCGGUGAAAGAAAUAGAAAGGGUGAUUCCAACUUCUUAACUGUUACAAAAGACACGACCCUCUCACAAAUCGAGAUAUUUUUCAGGAAGCUCCUUGACAGAGAUGAUAUUGGAAUUAUUAUGAUCUCUCAAAAUAUUGCAGAACAAAUCAGAAAUCUUAUCACAGAGCAUGAAGAAGUCAUCCCUACUGUUAUGGAAAUUCCAAGCAAAGAUGUUGCCUAUGACCCUGAAAAGGAUGUUAUCCUAUCAAGAGCAGCUAGAAUCUUAUAUGGUAAUGAAGUAGGAAUGGAAAAACUCAGACAAAUUGAUUGA